UCCUCUCCUGCAGGCCUGUACGAACAAUGGAAAGUGUUUUGCACUCUGUCAAAUUGUUUUGAUGUUUUUCCAAUCGCAGAAGGUGUUAUUUUUUUGUUGCGUUCGAGGAAUGUGUAAUUCGCUGUGCGACGAAUAAACUUUAACUUACCGCAUCGCGUUUGUCCCGUGUCGCUGAGCACUACCCAUUUCGCUGUUGUCGUCGAAUCGAAGAAUAUCGGCAGCAAGUCGUGUGCUAACACCAGCGUACCACCAAAUAACGCGGCCAGUUGGUUGGCCGUGCAGAAGGAAGAGGCAAAAAGCAGAGGCAAAAGCAAUCCAAACACUUCAAGUGCAGUGGAAUGCUGCGGUUGUAGAAGGUGUCUUAUCGUUGCCUACCGGAAAGGCUCGGGUUGGAAUUUUAGGAGUGGAAAUCUUCUAUUUCAGCGAACAAAAUCCGCAAACAACUGCAUUUGCUGCGAAAAAGGAAACAUAAAACAACAACAACCCCGUAAAAGACAUUCAUCAAAGUAGGUUGAUUCGUCGUCUACCCGCCGCAGUGUAGAGAGUAAACACGCAUCGGACAGCAGCCAGUGUUGACAACAGUUACGGGCGCAUUUGUUAGGAAUUAGUGAAAAGGUGUUUUUCUACGGUACAAUUCGUUCAAUUGUUCAGCUUGCAAUAACUGCUCCAAUACGCUAUCUUUGCGAUAACAGCUGUGUGAAGCUUGUUGAAGACAAAAAAACCUCGAACCACACAUACAUACACACACACCAAGUGCCACGACGAUGACGAACCAAAAACAGACUGCCACUUGCCGGCUAAAACAGGACUACAUGCGGCUGAAACGAGACCCAGUACCGUACAUAACAGCGGAACCGUUACCAUCGAACAUCCUGGAAUGGCACUACGUGAUCAAGGGACCGGAAGAUUCGCUGUACUACGGUGGGUACUAUCACGGGACGCUGCUCUUCACCAAGGAAUUCCCCUUCAAACCACCCUCCAUCUACAUGACCACCCCGAACGGACGCUUCAAAACAAACAAGCGGCUCUGUCUGAGCAUAUCGGACUUCCAUCCGGACACCUGGAACCCGGCCUGGUCGGUCGCCACCAUCCUGACCGGCCUGCUCAGCUUCAUGCUCGAGACGACCCCGACGAUGGGGUCGUGCGAAACGACACCGUACGAAAAACGACGCUACGCCCAACAGUCGCUCGAGUUUAACAUGAAAAAUGAAGUGUUCCAAGAGCUGUUCCCUGAGAUUUGUGAGGAAAUCAGCGAACGGUUGCAAAAGAUCGAGGAACAGCGAAAGCAGGCGGCCGCCACAGCCGAGGAGGGUAGCAACGGGAAGGAAGCGGCCGGCGGUGAAACGGAAUCGGCCGACGGUAGCGUGUUCGUUGCCGGGCGGUCCGGUGCGGACGACAGUAACAUUUGGCAUUCGCUGUACACCAACCUGAUAGUGCUGGUGGGGUUCGUGGUGUUUGCGCUAAUAGUGCACUACGUUAUCAAAAGCAUGAACAUUUAAUAAUGCCCUUUCAAGCGUGCGCCAGAACAUGCGCCCCAAUGCAUCGUUUGCGCGGGUGUGUGCUGUCGCGCCAAAACACGUUGAGCUUCAAUCACUACGCGGUAGCAACCUAACAUGCAGCCACACAUCCAGCAAAUAAUCCUCCAAGAGGAAUGUCUAGUUUACAAAAUCUAAUCGUAAAUCAUAGGGAAAGAGAGAUAGAGAGAGAGAGAGAGAGAGAGAGAGAAAGAGAGAGAGAGAGAGAGUGAGCGAGAACCAACGAGGGUAAAGCAAUCCACAAACCAAUAAAAAAAAACAGCCAGAAAAUAGGGCGUCGGACAAACGAGGAUGGGCUUCAAAAUGAAGUUAAACAUCGUUUGUUGCCACACAGCGCCCAUUUGGCGUCUGCUGCGUAAAACUGCAUACCAAAAUUUGCUUCUUAAAGGAAGGGUUUAAAUAACAAUUUAAAGGAAAACCUUAGCGUAGAGAACCCGAACCGGAUCAGCGGUGGAAGUCAGCGGUGUUGAACAGAAGGACGCAGGCAGGAUGCUUUGCUGGGGGUGCCCCCCCCCCCCAAAGAGAAAAUGCAUGCAAACGUUUUGUAGUGUUAAAACAGGAAGUAAGGGGGUUUGUAACAUAAUUUUAUCAUGGUUUUCCUUAUCCGUUGCCCAGAUGAUGAUGAUGAUGAUGAUGAUCGAUGCCAUUCGUUGCCUCUGCCCGUUCAACGACGCUGCGUUGGGUUGAAUUUGUCGUCGUAAGUGGAUUAUACAACUAUCUAACCCCACACACACACACACGUAUAUAAAAUAGAAUACAAAAACGUACCAUUGUGGUACGAACAGUAGGGGGUUUUGCGGUGCGCGGCUGUGCUCAUUAAAAAACAAACAAAAAGCUCUAAUAAAGUAUUGUAUCGAUCGACCGACCGACCGACCGAACCGUGUUUCGAUCGCUACACCAACAGACAUCACGUGAUCGUACUGGACAGCGUAAAGCAGUUUCACAAUACAUACGUAUAAUAAUUCGCCAACAAGCAAGCAAACAAAACGGAAAUAAAUAAACGAAGUUUCUGCUCAGCAGGUCUCCUGUGAAGCUA